GUAGCCACUCAGUCGUCAUUAACUGAGCAGCUUCUUCACUUCCCUGCAGACCACAGAUUAAGGUUUCUGCUAAACCUCCCUGCAGUGAGUGGAAAACUAACCAGCCUCUUCACAGACGAAGAUCUUCUAUCGCAUGCAAGUCUGAAUAAUAUCAUUUCUACUCAGAAAAUGAUUUUCAUCUACAUGAUGAUGACAUUUCUGGCUCCAGUGAUCUUAGCAACAGGGAUAUUGGCAUGUGAUAUAACGCAGUGUGAUGACGAAUGUCAGUGUUAUGGAACAACUGGAGAACCUCUGAUAUUUUACCUUCCAAUUCAUGAACAGAUUAAGUUGAAAAAAAAUAAAACUACACUUUUUAAGUGUGUAAACGCAUGUAAGGAAGAAAAUUCAAACUACAUUAAGUCCUGCAAAUUCGUCAUAAAUGGAACCCUGAAGUGUGAGCACACCACAGAGAACGACUCUGGAGUUUAUCAGCUGGAGCUAUAUGAUCAGAAGGGUAAAAAUAUCAAGCAAGUCAACAUCAAUCUUCAGAUUAUAGCUCCAGUUUCACAACCUGCCAUGUUUCAGAAAUGUUGGUCACCAGAGCAGAGGACAGUCAGCUGCUCAGCAGAGGGAGAACACACACACUUCUCUUUUUCUCUGGAUAAUAAUCCGUUACUACACACUAAACCUACCAGUGAAAAUAAUGGAAGUGUCACCAUCAGUUUAAAUGGUCAACUGCAAGGAAACCUGGAGUGUAAAGUUCAGAACAAGGUCAGCAGUAAACAGAUCAUCGUCCAUCUUUCAAGUUGUGAAGAAACACGUUUUCCAGCUGUGAUCGUCUUAGCAAGUGCAACCGUUCUGCUUCUUCUUUUGGUUUUGUUUCUUGGUAUCAAACUGUUUAAAGUGAAAAUAAGAAGAAGCCCCACAACUACCACAGAAGGUGAUGCUGAGGAGAAAAUAGUUUACUCAGAUGUCAGAGUUAUUCGGGAUGCCAGAAAGAGGGAUGGUUAGGAUGCUGCUGACCAGAGCGGAGAAGGAAUGGAUAAAUGUCACCUGUGAACAUGAAGCCUUUCAUUUCAAGCUCUAACAUGGAAACUGUUCAUUAACAGAUCUACAAAGAAAUGAAAUACCUUUCAAAAACAAUUAAAAGUCCAUUGUUUCAAAAAAGUUACAUACUGCAGCUUUAACUAGACAAUAUUCUGGGUUGUUGUACUUUUGUGUGUUGACAAAUCUGUUAAUGUUUCCCAAAAUGCACUGCGCAGUAUGUAUAGGUUGUGAAAACUUCCCAUUUAUAUUUUAACACAAAUCUUCACUUCCUCACUAGCUAUAUGCAGUGACUUUCUUAAAGUAUUGCUGACUCUGUAAAUCCACUUACAUGAUUUAACAAGAUAAACGACUCUGCUUUCA